AUGGCUAUCCAAAUGGCAUGGCAAAUCAGACAACUGAACAAUGAAAGCGCCGGACCUCCUCCAAGUACAGCCACCGGCUCCAGAUUUCCUUCCGGGAAGAGAAUGACGACAAUGAAGGGGGAAGAGAAAGAGAAGGACCAGCUGGCGGAAUCUCUUAACGAUCUCUUCGUUAAUGUGUCGACCUUGGUUAAGGGCGAACUUCAGGGAACAAACAAUCUGCUUGAACUUUUGGAGAAAAUGAAUUUAAGAGUGGCGGAAGAGUACAAAGGUUUUGGAGACGUGGCUUCUGGAUUAAGAGUUUUCAUGGAGCAACUCAAGUCAAAAAGCGGAGGUUUUGAUGAAUAUGUUCAGCAGAUUGAUUCAAUAGAGCGCCAAAUAACUGAUUUUGAAGCUGUAAUCAUAAUGCUUGAUAAAUAUGUUUCUUUGUUAGAAUCAAAAGUAUCAUCUGUGUAUCAAACCCCACCACCAUGA